AUGGCCGCGGUCACACAUCUAUCUAAUAUGUGCUUCUCAAAUGUCUCAACGAAGACGGCAGCACGUAGCAACCAACCAUCGGUGGCUUCUUUAUCACUCGUUGUGGCCCGUACGAUUCGCCGUAAAGCCUUCCCCGGCUAUCAGAUUCGCGGCGAAUGGAAGCCCUUAUAUUGCCGUCCGAUGAGCACUGGCCGGACGACGGCGCAAACAAAUCCACCCUCACCCUCAUCUUCCCCAACAUCAUAUCCUUGGCUGAUGCUCCCCCCCAUCUUGGAAUCCGACUCCACCACCACCGCGGCUUACAAUUUCUACAGCCUGGGCGAGAAGCGGGUCGUAACCCUAACCUGCGAAGGUGCGGCUCGAGAAGUCACCGUCAGCGGCGAUGUGAUGCACUUCAGGGGCUCCUCCAACGGCUGGGUCGCCCUUUGGAACCCCCGCACACACGAUAUGUUCCUCUACAACCCCAUCUCCCGCCGCCACAUAAACCUUCCCCCAUUUCACCAACUCCCCAAUUAUAACCACAGACAAGAUUACGACCCAUUUCGCGUCGAGAAGAUCAUCCUCUCCUCCUCCCCAGACGACAAAACCUGCCGGGCCGUGAUUAUCUACAAAUUGGAGGGAAUGAUGGCCUUCUGCUGCCCGGCCCGGCCCAAUGACAAAUGGGCUCCAAUGGCUGACACGAUUGGUGAUGAACGUGUAAACUAA